AUGGACGACUACGACAUGUACAGCGAUGGUCAGUCAUCAAUAAUCCCACAGGAAUUCUCGACAUUCGAGUCCAAUGAACCGGCGAUACCGAAAGAAAUCAACUACCGCGGACAAACCGUUGUCGGAUUCGAUCUACGCGGCACUGAUAUGCUAUGCUUACCACAGGUCUACGAGCUCUUUCUCAAGAACAUGGUUGGCGGCCUACAUACAGUUUAUACAAAGCUCAAAAGAUUGGAAAUAACACCAAUCAUAUGCAAUGUUGAACAG